AUGGGGUUGGACGUCGAGCAGGGGACAGAAACAGGGAAGCGGGAGGCGAUUGCAGCCUUGGUGGAAGAGUCUUUUAAAGGGCUCGGCAGUGGUACAACGGGAUCCCAGAUUAGCUUGGGACACACCAAGCACUACAGCAAAAUGAGCCCUGGAACCCAACCCAACAGCUCACCGACCACCCCAGUCACCCCCACCUCCCCGCUGGGCAGCCCCAAGGUCAGCUUCGUCUCUCUCUGCGAUGACCCCAUGUUCAGAAUCUUUGACAAGUUCAGCGAGGAUGAGUUUGAAACAGAGAUACAGUCUGAAGAUGAGAGAGAAACUAGAGGGACGCUGAGCCCUGAGGAAGUAUACCGAGCAGCCUGUGAGGACCUAAAUGUGACCCCUAUCUCCUACUACAUCCGCCACGUCAACGACAGUCACCUCAACCUCAACUAUCGCUGCAUGGGGCCCAAGGCUAUUGAAGCCGUGGCCAUUUCACUGGUGGGCAGCACGAUGGUGAACACUUUGGAGCUGGAGGACAACUGGAUCGAAGCCGAGGGCUUGAGGUACCUAAUGGAAAUGCUGUCGGAGAACUGCUACAUCCAGGAUCUGAACCUGGCCAGGAAUAACCUCCGGACCAAAGGAGCAGCCGUCUUCUCUAAAAUGCUUCCCCAUAACAUCUCCCUCAAGUCCAUCAAUCUCUCCAGGAACCAUUUCAGAGAUAACGAUGCUGAGUACUUUGCUGACGCCUUCGCAUCUAAUUUUAGGGUCACACACCUCGACCUCAGUAACAAUGAGUUUGGAGAGAAAGGAGGGGAAGAGUUGGGCCAGUUGAUAGCAUACAGCGAGAGUCUGGUGCAACUGGACAUCAGCUGGAACCAGAUACAGCUGAGGGGUGCCAUGGCUAUCAGUGCAGGACUGCGGCUCAACAUGAUGCUGAAGGUCCUCAACUUGGCCAACAACGGCUUCGGGAAUGAGGGGGCUCUGGCUCUCGGAGAGGCUCUGAGGCACAACAGCUACCUGCUCGAGCUGAACCUGAAGAACAACCACAUUGGGAUCGAGGGUGUCAGCAUGCUGUGCAGAGGACUGGAAGUCAACGACACACUCCGAGUCCUGGAUUUACUGGUCUCUGGACUGAAGCUCUCUCUCUCUUAUCAGUUGGCCGACAACCCUCUGAAGGUGGAGGCUGCCUUCAUCCUGCUGGCUGUCCUGAAAAAGAACCCCAAAUCCCCAAUGUACUGGUUCUCCCUCAAAUUUACGAGGCAAGUGGUUUACACAGGGCGCACAAUGGAACUUAAUGCCUUUGUGGCCGUGGCGGUGUUGGACUGUGCGGGCCAAUGUGUGACAGGAGGUUGGGGGGAUCGGGGUGUGGUGGGGGAAGCUGGGGACUCUAUGUGGACAGGAGCCCUGGUUGGCCUGGGUCUUAGCAGAUGUCCUCACCUGCAGAACGUGAUCGUGAACGAAGCCUUCAUGGACCAAUUGAGGAGCAUGAAGGAGGAAAGGUCAAGGUUGAUCUUCAUAACCGCGGGCUUGGGCAGCGCCUUCAACAAGAAGCUAUUACGUCGGACUUUUCCGAUGAAAGUGAUCCAGGAUUUCCUGGAGAAGCGCAAGCUCCGCCUCUUGGAUUUUUUCAAGAACAUGGACAAGGAGGGAAACAUGAAGGUGUCUGUGUCUGAUUUCCGCAAGGCGCUGCAGAGAUACCAAAUCCCUCUGGAUCGGGUUCAGAUUGAGGAGCUGUUCUCGAAGAUUGAUAAGGACAAUGUCGGACAAGUGGACUACAGGAAUCUGGUCGACACCAGGAAGCAGAUGGUUCAGGAGCAGCGGAGAGAGCAGAGGAAGGCGGAAUCCCAGCAGCGGAUGGAGCGGAGGAAGAGCGACCACCUGCUCAACUCGUUCAGGGGGGCGGUGGAGGCCGUCAGACCAGGAAGCUCCUCCAUCACCUCCUCCAGUCACAGGCUCCCUGACCUCCAUCCCCAGGACUCACUUGGCUCCUCCUCGGACGCCCCGCUCAGCCCCUGGCGCAGGCCGGAGGGCGCGGACAGCAGCCGGUACUCGCUGCCCAGCCUGAGCCGGGAGAGAUUGCACCACCCGCUCAGCGUUGCCCACCCCGGCCCCGCGCAUUCCGUCUCCCUCUGCCGCCUGCCCGCGGACCCCAGGAACAGCCUAGUCUCCCGACCCGACCUGGUCCCAAACCCCGGCCCGCGCCGUGCCCCCCGCCCCAGCACCACCUCCAAUCUCAUUGGCAAACCGGCACCGCCCGUCGCUUCUGGCCAACUCACAGCCUUGACAGGGCAACGCAAGCCACACAGAGAGAGAGAGAGAGAGCGAGAGAGAGAGAGACGGUGA